AUGGGCUCAGGUAGUCUUACUGCUAUGGCAGUUUUUGAGAAUGGAUGGAAGGUAAACCUGUCGCGCGAGGACGCUCUCCGGCUCGUGAAAGACGCCAUCGCUGCUGGUAUCUUCAACGAUCCCGGUUCUGGCUCCAACAUCGACGCGUGCAUCAUCACCGCCAAUCAUACCGAAAUGCUCAGAAACGUCGAGAUGACCAACGAGAGGGCAAAGAAGGAGAAGAGCUACGGAUUUAGGCGAGGAACUACAGAAUAG